GGGGCCAGCAUGAACCCGAGGGAGGGCAGCCUGGAAGAUCCCCAGGUUGGCUCCUCAGUCUCACCUCUCUCCCACUUGGAGGCCAAGAUCCGCCAGACACACAGCCAUGCUCGCCUCCUCUCCAAAUAUGCAGAACAACUGCUCCAGGAAUACGUGCAGCAUCAGGGAGACCCCUUCGGGCUGCCCGGCUUCUCGCCCCCGCGGCUGCCGGCGGUGGCCGGCCUGAGCGCCCCGGCGACGGGCCACGCGGGCCUGCCGGUGCCCGAGCGGCUGCGGCUGGACGCGGCGGCCCUGGACGCGCUGGCGCCGCUGCUGGACGCGGUGCGCCGCCGCCAGGCCGAGCUGAACCCACGCGCCGCGCGCCUGCUGCGGCGCCUGGAGGACGCGGCGCGCCAGGCCCGGGCGCUGGCGGCCGCGCUGGAGGCCGUGCUGGCCGCGCUGGGGGCUGAGCCCCGCGGGGUGCCCGAGCCCCCCGCCGCCGCCGCCGCCCCCGCCGCCGCCCCCGCGGCCCCCGCGAGCGUCUUCUCGGCCAAGGUGCUGGGGCUCCGCGUGUGCCGCCUCUACCGCGAGUGGGUGAGCCGCGCUGAGGCCGAUCUGCGCCCAAUGGUGCCCGGGGGCCCGGCCUGAUGCCCUGCGCUGUCCCUCCGCCCCGACUGACUGUGUCCCCAUCGCUCUGCCCCUCGUCCUGCUGCAUCCACCGAGCCUGUCAUCUCGAUCGGCGGCUUUCACUCUCCCUUCCCCGCCCCGUCCUCUCCACUUGAACAUGUGGACAU